AUUGCUCAACCCCCCGGAGCCCAGUUCCUGCGGGCAGCCAGCGCCUGACCCCUCUCUCCUGCAGUGCGAAGGGAGGAUCAGCUUCUGCAGCAGGCACCCUGCAGCUGCCCUGGGCUGGGAGGGCAUGGAGACUCUGCGGCUGCUGCUCCUGCUGUCCAUCACAGAGCUGUCCCGUGCCUACAACACCACCGUGUUCCAGGGCGUGGCGGGCCAGUCCCUGCGCGUGUCCUGCCCCUACGACUCCGCGACACACUGGGGGAGGCGCAAGGCCUGGUGCCGCCAGCUGGGCGAGGAGGGCCCGUGCGAGCGGGUGGUCAGCACACACAGCUGGUGGCUGCUGUCCUUCCUGAAGAGGCGGAACGGCAGCACAGCCAUCACCGAUGACGCCCUGGGGGGCACCCUCACCGUCACACUGCGCGACCUGCAAGCCCAAGACGCCGGCGUCUACCAGUGCCAGAGUCUCCAAGGCAGAGAGGCCAGCACCCUCCAGAAGAUCCUGGUGGAGGUGCUCACGGAGCCCCUGGAGCAUGAGCACGCCGGAGACUUCUGGGUGCCCGAGGAGUCUGGGAGCUUCGAGGAUCCCCCAGUAGAGCGCAGCAGCUCCAGGAGCCCAUCGGAAGGAGAGCCCUCUUUCCCACCCGCCUCCAUCCUUCUCCUGCUGGCCUGCACCUUCCUUGGCAAGCUUCUGGUGGCCAGUGCCCUCUGGGCUGCGGCCUGGCGUGGGUGGAAGCUGCGGACUCCUGUGGCCAGCGGGCUGGACUGCAGCCACCACGCAGGGCACCAGCUUCAGACCAUGACAGGGCUGAGGGACCUCUGAGAGAAGAGGACCCCAGACAGGAGGAGGAGCCUGCCAUAGUCCAGCCAGGGACCACCCAGCCUGCACACUCAGCCCUCAGCCACCGUGCCGCCUGGCCCUGCUCUGGCACGAGGCCACUCUGCUUGCACCCUGCUCCCCUGGGCCUGGCAGCAAGGACGUGUGUGUGUGUGUGUGUGUGUGUGUGUGUGUGUGUGUAUGGCGGGGGCAGGCUGGCUGUCUGGGUGUCUGCGCUCCGGGCAUUAAACACUCUCACAAACACACUCCAGACUGCGG